ACAUGUUCAAUGAUGACCUGGACGAUGCUUAUCCGUCGACUGGAUCUCAAAAAAUAGAUAGCGGCAGCUCUCAUAAAUAUUCUGAGAAAGGUGGCCAUAGAGAUCGCAAUGACCGAAACAACCGAGAUAGGGGGGAGCGGGACAGAGAAGGAGGAAACGUUUAUCAAGCAUCCACGCAGAUACCUGAACCUGUCAAAAAUUUCCUCCUUGUGUUUCAGCAUGCGCUGCAAGAACACAACAUUUAUCAAAUUCAGAACAUUUACGAAACAGGGUUUGACAGAAUGACUGAGCAAUAUUUCAAAACUCGACCUUGGCCUGCUGUUGAUGAUGUGCAAGAUCUCGUUGGAAACGAUCAGGUGUUCUUGAUGCUGUACAGGGAACUUUACUAUCGACAUAUUUAUGCAUCGGUUCCCCAGGGCCCUAACUUGAAUCAGCGAUUUGAGUCUUACUACAACUACUGCGCUCUCUUUAAUAUGAUGCUUCAACCGGAGGACGAACCCAUACGACUGGAGUUGCCUAAUCUCUGGCUGUGGGACAUCAUUGACGAAUUCAUUUAUCAGUUCCAACAGUUUGCGCAUUUUAGAUCGAGAUUGAGUAACAAGUCUAAAGAAGAGUUGGCAAAGUUGGACAAGAAUCAGGGAGUGUGGAACAUCCACAGUGUGUUGAAUGUGAUGUACUCUCUGAUCGCGAAGAGUAGAAUAAAUGAGCAGCUGAGUGCAUACAACAGUGGCAUUGCGCAGGAGAGAAUAGACGAGAUCGCGGGCAAGUUCGGAGGACAUCCUCUCUACAAGUUCCUCGGAUUCUUUGCUCUCGUCGGUUUGUGCAGACUACAGUGUCUCAUAGGAGAUUACUAUUUGGCUGUGACUGUAGUCGACAAUAUUCAGCUGCACAAGAAAGGUAUGACGUGGUCUCCUGUUCCAAGCUGUCAGAUCACCAUGUAUUACUACGUUGGAUUUGCGUAUCUCAUGAUGAGACGAUACAGCGAUUCAAUCAAAUGUUUCACGGACAUACUGCUCUACAUUCAGAGGACUAAGAAUGUAUUCCAUGUCAGGUCCUAUCAGCAGGACAUGAUUCAGAAGCAGACGGACCAGAUGUACUACCUGCUGCAGAUCUGUCUAGCUCUCCACCCGCAGACCAUAGAUGAGUCCGUGACCAGAAGCAUGAAUGACAAACUGGGCAGUGGGGAUCGGAUGCAGAAGUUACAGCGAGGAGGUACUGGUGGCCAGAAUGCUGAGGAGGACUUUCUGGGCGAGAUGGAACAACUGUUUUUGUUCGCAUGUCCAAAGUUCAUUUCACCUACUCUUCCCAACUUCAAUGAGAAGAAGGACAAUCACAAGGACAUGUUGAACCUGCAGGCCAGGGUGUUCAUGGACGAGGUGCGCGAGCAGUCUAAGAUCGCCGUAAUCAGGAGUUUCCUCAAGCUCUAUAGCAGUAUAUCCAUCCAGAAGCUAGCAGGAUUCAUGAAUCUCUCAGAGGCCGAACUGAGGACGCAUCUUAUGACAUUCAAGCAUAAAAUGAAGAACUUGGUAUGGAGUGGGGGAGCAUCCAGUCUUGAUGGCCAGUUCAAAAUUGCCUCAGACAUUGACUUCUACGUGGACGGAGACAUGAUUCACAUUGCCGAUACGAAAGUGGCUGCUAAAUAUGGCGAGUACUUCAUCGCCCAGAUCCAGAAGUGUGAUGAGCUCAAGAAGAGAAUCAAAGCUAUCAACGUGCACCAUUGACCUGUUUGGUGUAUGACGUGCUAUCAAUAAAUAAUGAAUGCUAUGCUAGCUGAAUGCAUCACUGAUUGUUGUUUUCGUAUGUUGCUUUAAGGUGGAAAUCGGCUUUGAUAAUUAAUAUAUUGUUCGGAACUA